UCUUUCAAUUCACAAUCACAAGAUUCACAUCUCAACAGCAACAUCUCACUUUCACUUACUCUGUAAAAACCUCAAACUCACGAGUCAACUCAAAGCCUUUUUUUUUUUUUUUCCAAAGACAUUAGUAUAAACAAAAAUGGGAGCGUGCGUUUCACGUGAAUCUAUGGGAGGCGAUUCGGCGAAGCUUAUACUGUUCGACGGGACUUUACAAGAGUUCUCAUCUCCGAUCAAAGUUUGGCAGAUCUUGCAGAAGCAUCCGACGAGUUUCGUCUGUAACUCUGACGAAAUGGACUUCGACGACGCCGUUUCAGCUGUCUCCGGCAACGAGGACCUCCGAUCGGGGCAGCUUUACUUCGUUUUACCUCUGACGUGGCUCAAUCAUCCGCUACGGGCGGAGGAAAUGGCUGCGUUGGCUGUCAAAGCGAGCUUGGCGUUGACCAAGAGCGGCGGAGUCGGUUGGGUUUCCGGCAACGUCGAUGACUCGAUUUCCGGUUACCAAUCGAAAAACAUCGCCGGAGUAAAGACAAACGGCGGUGGCGGAAGAGGUUGUGGCAAAGGGAAGAGGAGAUUCAUGGCUAAUUUGAGCACGAUCGCCGAGUAGUUUCAAUUUUAGUCAUUUAGAUAAGCAAACAUUCGACCGACGACGUAUAAACUGUAA